AUGGAGAAGGCGUUAACGAAAGUGACGAGCUUUAAAGUCGGAGGUUCAUGGAUCUCCAAGAAAGCCAAAGAAGAGCUCUCAAACAUCACUAAUGACCUCACUACUUUCUCCAGUACCGUUGAAGAGAAAGCAAAAUGGGUUUUCAACAAGCUUAAAGGAAAGCCACUGAAAAGUUUACCAGAUCUCCUCAAAGAGUACAAUUUACCACCAGGACUCUUCCCACAAAACAUCAUCUGCUACGAAUUCGAUGAGACAAAGAACAAACUCACUGUCUUCUUUUCUUCACCGUGCGAAGUUACAUUCCAAGAUGGAUCAGCGAUAAGGUACGCGACACGGGUUAAAGGGAUUUUGCUUAGAGGGAAACUGAUGGGUGUGGAAGGAAUGAAGACAAAAGUGUUGGUUUGGGUCAAAGUGACAACAAUCUCAGUCGAGAGCUCGAAAUCCGACAAGCUCUGGUUCACUGCUGGUGUCAAGAAAUCUCGAUCUAAGAAUGUUUACGACACGCCUCAUGAUGCUAUUAAAGUCGUUGGAGAGUUCUAA